AUGCUCCUGAAGUCGUGCAUCCGCCAGUGCGGCCAAGCCAAGCGCUCUGCACCUCUCCCAUGCACUCCCUCCCCCCACCCCUCACUUGGCACACCAACAGGCACCGCCCAGGCUGCUGAGCUGGUCGCGGCCCUUCUCGGCUCCCCCGCGCGCCUGCCGCCCGGCGGCGCGUCGCUCGCCGUCGGCGCGGGCGGCGACGCGGCCACCAUCGUCGCGCUGAGGGCCGCGGUGGAGGAGCUGCUGCCGGCGAUCGAGGAGCGCACGGCCGAGCGCGCGGCCGCGGCUGCCGAGGCGCGCCCGGCCAAGGGCCCCGCCCCGUUCCCCUUCCCGGCCAUUGGCAAGGCCAAGGCUCAGGAGCCCGAGGAGGAAGAGGAGGAGGAGGCGCCGCGCCCAACAUCGCCGUUUGGCUCCCUCUUCACCCGCAAGACCCCACCGCCAGUCGAGGAGGAGGAGGAAGAGGAGGAGGAGCCCGCCAAGCCCGCCUCCCCCUUCGGCUCCCUGUUCGUCCGCCGCGCGCCCGCCGCCGCGCCCGCACCCGCCAAGCCCGCCGCCAAGGAAGAGGCGCCGCGGCCGUCGUCGCCGUUUGGCUCCCUGUUCGUGCGCCGCGCCGCGGCCGCAGAAAUUGAGGAGGAGGAGGAGGUGGCGCCCCGCAAGAAGGCUGGCGGCCUCUUCUCCCUCCCAUCGCUCGGGAAGCCAGUGCAGGCCGAAGAGGAGGAGGAAGAGGAGGAGGAGGAGGAGGAGCGCCCUGCCGGUCUGUUCGGCUUCGGGACCCGCAGCAUCAAGGCCAAGGCCUCAGCGGAUGCCACCUCCGAGCGCCAGACCGCGGCAGCCAAGGCGCGCCAAGACAGGGAGAGGGCCGCGGCCGAAGCCAAGGAGAGGGCCGAGGCGCUGCGCCGCGAGCGCGCAGAGGCCGCGGCCGCCAAGGCAGAGGAGCUGCGGAAGCAGAGAGAGGCGGCCGCGCAGGCCGCGCAGCGGCGCGCCGAGGAGCAGCGCCAGGCGCGCGAGCAGGCGGCCGCGCAGGCGCGCGCGAAGCAGGAGGCGGCGCAGCGCGAGCGCGAGCAGCUCGCCGCGCGCGCAGCGGCGGAGAGGGAGCGGGCCGCGGCGCAGCAGCGCGCAAGGGCGGAGUCCGAGGCGCGCGCGCGCGCGGAGAGGGAGCGCGCGGCCGCGCAGCAGCGCGCGAGGGAGGAGGCGGCGGCGCAGGCCAGGGCCAAGCAGGAGGAGGCGGCCAGAGCGCGCCAGCAGGCCGCGCAGGCGGCUGCCGAGCGUGCGGAGCAGCAGCGCCGCGCGCGCGAGGAGGCGCUGGCUGCGGCUAAGGCCAAGCAAGAGGAGGUCGCGCGCGCCCGCCAGCAGGCGGCACAGGCGGCCGCGGAGCGCGCCGAGGAGCAGCGCCGCGCGAGGGAGCAGGCGGCCGCCGCGGCAAAGGCGAAGCAAGAGGAGGCGAACCGCGCGCGCCAGCAGGCGGCGCAGGCCGCCGCAGAGCGCGCCGAGGAGCAGCGCCGCGCCCGCGAGGAGGCCGCUGCCGCAGCGAGGGCCAAGCAAGAGGAGGCGAACCGCGCCCGCCAGCAGGCGGCGCAGGCCGCCGCCGAGCGUGCUGAGCAGCAGCGCCGCGCGCGCGAGGAAGCCGCGCGCGCCCAGAAGGAGGCUGCCGAGGCCGCUCGCGCCAAGGCGGCUGAGGCGCAGCGGGCCGCCAAGGAGAAGGCCGAGGCUCUCGCGCAGCAGCGCGCGGAGGCGGCGGCGGCGGCAAAGGCGAAGGCCGAGGAGCUGAAGAAGCAGAGGGAGGCGGCCGCCGCGGCGGCGCGCGCAAAGGCAGAGGAGGCGCAGCGCGCGCGCGCGGAGGCGGCGGCGGCGGCGCGCGCGCAGGCAGAGGAGGCGAAGAGGGCCGCGGCCGAGAAGGCCGCGGCGGCGGCGCGCGCGCGGGCGGAGGCGGCCGCGAGGGCCGAGGCCGAGCGCGCCAAGGCGGCUGAGGCGAAGGCGAAGGCGGAGGCCGCGGCCAAGGCUAAGGCCGACGCGGCCGCCGCGGCCAAGGCCAAGGCGGACGCGAUCGCGAAGCAGCGGGAGGAGGCGGCGCGCGCCGCGGCGGAGCGCGCCGCCGCGCUGCGCAAGCAGCGGGAGGAGGCGGCGGCGCGCGCGCAGGCCGAGCGCCAAAAGGCUCUCGAGGCUCAGAAAGCUAAGGCCGAGGCCGCCGCCAAGGCGCGCGCCGACGCCUUGGCCAAGCAGAAGGCGGAGGCUGAGCGCAAGGAGAAGGAGCGGCAGGCGGCCCUGGCCAAGCAGAAGGCAGAGCUGGCGCGCACCCAGAAGAUCUCCGCCGGCAGCCAGAGGGUCACCCCUGGCACCCAGAAGGCGGCGGUCGGCACCCAGAGGGGCACCCAGAAGGUGACGGCCGGCAGCCAGAAGGUCACCGCCAAGACGCCGUCAGGCACGGGCACCGCUCGUCCGGGGACCCAGAAGGUCAGCACGCAGAAGGCUGGCACCCAGAGGUCUACCCCCGCCCAGAAGGCCCCCGCCCCCAAGUCGGACGACGGCCGCGGCUUCAUCACGUUCGGCACGCGCCGGCGGUGA